AUGGACCCUCAGGGGUCUGCUCCUCAGCCUUUCCAGCAGCCUGAGAAACCUGGUCGUGUCCGCCGUCGGAAGACCAGAAGGGAACGUAACAGGGCCCUGGUAGGCAGCCGCAGGCCAACGGCCCAUCGGGAUCCUCCAGCAGUCAGUCGGGAGCCAACUGUGACCCGUCGGAAGCCACCCAUGGCCCUCCGGAAUACUAUGGCCCCUGCUGCCCCCAAGCUCAUGGUCAUAACCCAGGGGCGACUGAGCCGGGAGCACUGGGGUCUCUUCAACCAUGAGGUUAAAUCACUGGAUGUGGCGCGACUGCUUAAUAGUAGGGACCUGGAGCCAGGUACCCCCCCACUUCCCACCAGGCCCUCCCCAAGCCUGGGCAGCAUCCAAGAACCAGCCCCACAGUCAAGGGGCAAGGAGAACCAGUUUCCUGGAGGCUUAGGCCCAGGCCCACCCAGUCCCCUAGAGCUCCCUGGCUUGGAUCAGCUGCUUCGGGAACUGCAGUGCCAGCUGAUUCUGCCGCAGGCCUUCUCCAGGAGGAAUCUGGUACAGGAGGCCAGGGACGCCAUUGUGGGCACCUUACAGACCUGCCAUGGCUGCGUGCCCGACCUUACCCUGGUGCUUCGGGGUUGCCAGCCACCCUUGCCAGGAACCAAGCCCAGGGACCCUGAGAGACAGAGGAUGACACCCUCUUGGAUCAGCUGCAUGGAGCAGGCCCCAGGAGAAGGCCAGCAGAGGAGGCGACAGGGGGCAAAGGAGCUCACGUUUGCCAUGGCACACACCUCCAGCAUUCCCACUGCACACAGGGCAAGCCUGGCACCGCCCAGGAGCCCCUGGCCCCCCUUACCUUCACCAUCUGGGGCAGCCUGGGGUCCCCCCACAGCCUUUGACCUGCUGAAAAGCAUCUGGCUGGUAGCCUCACCGCCUCCUCCUCGGCCCUGGGGGAUUGGCCCACCGCAGCCCCUGCCUCAGCCACCAUCUCCUUUGUUGACCAGAAGCUCAGCCCUAGACUGGAGCCCCAGUCCCCCUGCCCCGCUGCCCAGCCUCUCCUGGGUGGUAGCCCAGAGAAGCCCUGAGGCCUGGUCCUUUCCACCCAUGAGACUGUACUGA